AAAUGCAGAAUAAAAGUUCCCCUCCCCUAAUAGCAGCCAUGGAGACAAGAACACGCUAACUGCCCUGCCCACUCGUGCCACUUUGGAAUUACGCAAGAACGCUCAGAGGAGCGCAUUUGAUCCAAAGGAUUGCUUUGUGGCUUUAGCGUGAGUUGCGCGCAUCAUCAACAUUGAAUUGAAUAAGGACUGUCGUUAAUUCCACGCAACUGGUCGUCGUGUUUGUGUGUGCCAUUAGUAGUAGACAACAGCAAAGACUUUACUGCUUUCGUCCAGUGAGAGAAUUCUGACUCACAAUUUUUUAGGAGGUUUCUAGGAUCCUCGCACACUUCUUCGGACGCUUCCACAGUCCCGCCGAGCACCGAAAAAAGUUCGCUCUUCGGACUUCUUGAGUGGCCCAAAAUAACAGCAACCAAAAAAAAACCCCCACAGUCUCUUUGGGAAAUGAGCCAAAGUAGCAGACAGUCAUCUUGUAGCACAUUAUGGCCAGCCGGGGACAAACUAGCGACUGGCGAAGAUGUGCCGGAAGAAAGUCGCUUUUUGGCCCAAAACUCCACAGGAGGUGAGACGAGUCGGCUGAUGGAAGCUGACAAUGAGAACAUUUACGGAGCGUAUGACAGGGGCAAACAGAGCUGUCGGGACGACCCCCGCUCCAUUCCUGCCGGCGCCACCAUAUCGGAGACAGCCCGUGAACUCUGCAAAGCCGUGUCCGUGUCUCUGGGGCUCCCCGUCGACUCUGCCGACGCCGGUGACGCGGAGCACGCAGCCCCGCAGUGCGCCCCCAAGGACCACCUCCAGGCCACCGGCUGUUUAUACCAAGCGGGAGCGACCAUCCCCGUCCCCGUCACCAAGUACAGGCGCUCCUCGGUGCAAGAGGAGCGGAACGCGAUGUUUCAAAGUCCCGAGACGACGCUGCCUCAUCAGCACCUCACUCCGACCUCCUCUUUGGAGUUCACGCUCGGAAGCCCCCCUGACCUAACUUCUAAACAACUUGAGCACAUGGCGACCGUUUUCACGCCAUCCAUGCCGCACGACCACGACUGCGCCGUGGAACCAUCGUGCCGAGCCUACAAGCACAUGGAGGUGUCUCCAGAUUACCGACAAGAAGCCGGUGGAUACCAGCUGGAGCAAUACGGCGUCAGUGUCAAGUCAGAGGAGCCCAACGAAGCGUCUGAGGAGGAGCAGUGGGGCACCAAUUACACCCACGGGGACAGAUACAACGCUCAGCUUUGGGGGACGAGGCAGUUCGUGGCGACGGCGCAUCCGAGUGGGGUGAAUGCGGCGUUCAUAUGCGAGCCAUACGAGAGGAACACCGGACGCACCGAGCAGUGGUACCCCCCGAGUGGGAUGUUGAUGCCGCCUUACGCCAACUACACCAAGCCCGAAGUUGGACAGUGGGUAGACGUCGCCUACAACGACUCAAGGUUUGAGACUGGCAGAGAGCAUAUGAUCCCCAUGGAGUUCUUCUACCCGCCACAGAGAGCUUGUCUGAUCUGUUCGGACGAGGCAUCCGGGUGCCAUUAUGGCGCACUCACCUGCGGCAGCUGCAAGGUUUUCUUCAAAAGAGCAGCAGAAGGCAAGCAGAAAUACUUGUGCGCGAGCAAGAAUGACUGCACCAUUGACAAACUGAGGAGAAAAAACUGUCCAUCUUGUCGGCUGAAGAAGUGCUUUGAAGCUGGGAUGACUCUUGGAGCACGCAAACUGAAAAAAAUUGGACAACCCAAAAAUGCCACAGAGGAUCGUCCUGUGAAUAAUAAAACAGAGAUUAUCCAAAAUCUCACCCCUAUGCCGAUCCUGAAUGCCAACUCCCAAUUGGUCUUCCUGAACAUCUUGGAGUCCAUCGAGCCGGAGAUGGUGAAUGCCGGCUACGAUUAUGGCCAGCCUGACACAGCAGCCACUCUGCUCACCAGCCUCAACGAGCUUGGAGAAAGACAACUGGUCAAAGUGGUCAAAUGGGCAAAAGGACUCCCAGGUUUUAGGACUCUACAUGUGGAUGACCAAAUGACUGUCAUCCAGAAUUCGUGGAUGACUGUGAUGGUGUUUGCCUUGGGGUGGCGGUCUUACAAGAACGCCAACGCGAGGAUGCUGUACUUUGCGCCUGAUCUCGUCUUCAAUGAGCAUCGGAUGCAAAUCUCCACCAUGUACGAGCACUGCAUCCGAAUGAAACACCUGUCGCAGGAAUUUGUGCUGAUGCAACUCACGCAGGAGGAAUACCUCUGCAUGAAGGCCCUGCUCCUCUUCAGCAUUCUUCCAGUGGAAGGUCUGAAGAGCCAAAAAUACUUUGACGAGCUGCGCCACACCUACAUCAACGAACUCAACCGGCUGGUUAAUCAUCGCAUUACAACCAGUUCGCAGAGGUUCUUCCACCUCACGCGACUGAUGGACUCCCUCCACAUAAUGGUGAAGAAGCUGCAGCAAUUUACAUUUGACCUGUUUGUUCAAGCUCAGUCGAUAAACACCAAGGUGAGCUUCCCAGAGAUGAUUGGAGAAAUCAUCUCAGUCCAUGUGCCAAGGAUCCUGGCGGGUCUGGCCAAUCCCAUCAUGUUUCACGAGUAAAAUGUGGAAUUUUUACAUUCUUUUAUUUUUUGGAAUCAAGUAACAUCUUUUGCUGCCAGCAGAAUCUUUAACAAUGGCUUUGUACUGUUUCUUAAUAAUUAUGAGCUCAUAUUCAUGUUCUCUGAUAAUUUUAUCGCCUCUUUUAAGCCAUAUUUGACGAUUUGCCUUUUUUGGGUGAGGGGAGGGGAGUCGGGGGUGGCUCACAUCCACUUCAGCUUGUACGGUUUUGUUUUGGCAGUCCACGCUGAGAUGCUACAAAGCAAACGUGCAAACAGUCUACAAAUCAAAAUCACACUUACCAGCAGGCUGGAAAACAUGUUUGACACCCUCCGGGCACUUCAUUAGGUACACUUGCACAGUCAAAACCUAGGAAACAAAAGCCAGAUCAAAAAAUUAUAUAUAUCUGAGAUUCCAAAGAUAAUAUUGCUUCGUCUUGCUUGUCACUCAGAUAUGAAUUUAAUCAGUCCCUGCUGAAUUUUGGGCGACAUUUGGGGCGAUUGAUGGGGACUAAAUGAGAAAUGUGGCUGUACCUUUUCAGAGAGGCAGCCACUUGCAGUGGGGCACGUUGGGGAUUAAACAUAAAAUGUAAAUGUGAAGGCAUCUUUAAUUUUUCUUUGAGUUUCUUGUCAUUUUUAGACGCUUGGAUAAAACAUUAACUUUUUUAUGUAUUGAUAUUAAAGUUGGAACCUACAGUAUGAAGUGGUCACCUUUAUUUAGACUGGCUAAGAGCAUCUCAGUAACAAGGCUGCUUUGGGGGAAUACAUCAACUGUCAACAAAUUCACGUUUCAUAUCACUUGUUUGACUUGAAAAGUAGAAAAAUCUUUGUAGCACUUUGCAUAAUUAACACGAUUGUACUCUCUCAUCAUUAACAACAGCAGUAAACAUCAACAUCAUUCUACAAACAUGAUUUCUUUGUGUGUGUGUGUGUGUCUGUGUGUGUGAGAGAGCGUGUGCGUGCAAAAUAUUACUGCUGCUGUCACACUCGGUGCUUUUUUUUUGCAACACGUGCAUGUGAUGUUCACCGUGGAAGACUGCAGACUGUCAGUGCUUCAUAUGUGAAUUAUACGGACCUUGCAAAGAAUCGACAACACAUGCUCUACAAAUACUGUUGCCCAAAUGGGAAUAGGCAACAAUUGGAAAUGAUAGGCAAUUAGUAUGGACCCCCCUAUGUAUGGAUCCCCCCCUAUGAUAAAGUGGUUCUGCAGGUGGUGAGCACAGACCACUUCUCAGUUCCUAUUGUUUCUGGCUGAUAUUUUGGUCACUUUUUGAAUACUGGAGGUGCGUUCACUCCAGUGGUGACAUAAAACGGAGUCUACAACCGACACAAGUGGUUCAGGUAGUGCAGCUCAUCCAGGUUGUCACAGUGCGAGCAGUGGCAAAAGAUGUGCGGUAUUUAUGUGCGGUGUUUGUCAGCAUGAGGUGCUACCAGGAGACAGGACAGUACCUCAGGAGAUGUGGAGGAAGUCCUAUGAGGGCAACAACUCAGCUGCAGGACGGCUACCCCCGCCUUGGUGUGGGGGUGGCAUUUCUUUGGAGAACCGCACUCCUCCAUGUGCUCGCCAGAGGUGGUCCGAUUGCCAUUAGGUACCGAGUUGAGAUCAUCAGACCCCGUGUGAGACCAUAUGCUGGUGUGGUUGGCCCCGCCUUCCUCUUAAUACAAGACAAUGCCAGACCUCAUGUGGCUGGAUUGUGUCAGAUGUUCUUGCAAGACGGCGGCAUCGAUGCAAUGGACUGGCCCGCCCGUUCCCCAGACAUGAAUCCCAACUGCAUACAUCUGGGUCAUCGUGUCUCACUCCAUCCACCAACACCAGGUUACACAACAUACAUAUGGACCUAAAAACUCUCAGUGAACAAUUCUCUGCAAUUGUAGUUCGCAGAGGCUUGAUUCAUAUUAAUGUCACAGCUACACAGUACCAUAAUGAGAAUAUCAGCGCAGAAGUAUAGAAAGUAACAUGAGCAAGAUGCGUCGAACAAAUUGCGCUUUUCCAUCAACACAAUUGCGUUUACGUGCGUAUUGCUCAUGCUGACUUGUUACGUCGGCCGUUCUUUCGAACACCGGUGCAUGGUGCCAAUUCAAAUUUUGGAGCAUAAUGGCACAUGGCAGUCGCCCAUCAUUAGUAUACUGUAGUUAAAACAAAAUUAACAAACCUAGAAAAACAUUUUUGCUAACAAAAUGAACUAAAAAAAAAGGCUUGAAAAAAAACCCUGAAAAAAUCACUUGUUUUGCCUUUGAACUUUUAGGGUUCAUUUUUAAUGUAUUUUGGUAUUGCUGUACAUCCGUAUAACAGAAGGAAGGUCAGUCGUUUGUUUGAGAACUGUCCAGAAGUUCACUUUAUGAGAAUACUUAGUAAGCUUUUACUGUGUUGCACAUACAUACAUAUAUAUAUUAACUGUUAUUAACAAACCAGCUGCUCUUAAAAAUGAACUAACUCCAACUGAAGAAAAAAAAAAAAGACAAAACUGUUGUAACUCUGACACAGCAUCUAAACUUUGUAUUUGUGCCGCAAUCUUAUUUGGUACUUGGCGAGCAGGCAGGAGACUGCAGCCUUCCAAGAUUUCAAAUUCCAUUCACAUGCGCUGAAUGGCCAUGUGUUGCAUCAUUGCAGUGUAAAACCGGUGACUUUUAGGUCAAUUUUUACCAAUUUUUUUUCUCUUAACAACGGUCACUGAUAUGUAGAUAGAGUAAAAUUUACCCUUCUACCUUCUAAUCUAAAAUGAUGGAUUAUAUUUCUGACUCACAGAAAAUGUUUUUUUUUUUUCUUUUAACACUAAGAUUGACAUCACUGCUAAUGCCAAAUACAGAAUGAAAACCUUUUUGGCAGUGCCCGUGUAAGCUAAGUUUGAGAUUUUUUAAACCGCUUUGCAAUGGAUCUGUUUUGGCCAGUGAAUAAGCCCCAUCUGGUGCUGACCACUUCAAAAGAUCCAAGACAGCCAAAAAUGAUGAAUAGAUAUUUCUUUAAACCAUCCUAUCAAAAUACAAACUGCGCUUCUUUGGCUCGUCACCCCUGAGUCAGUCCCCAUCAUUAAUGUUGGUUGCACCUUUUAAAAUUUACACUGUAGAACCAAAUGCCCAAUUCUGAUUGUCCAUACACUACCUUUCAUUUGACACACAUUUGAUUUGGCUGUGUUUACAUUAAAUGAGCACAUGAAACAACCAGCAUCCAAACCAUGCACUGACAACAGGAUUGUCUUCAUUGAAAUGAUGAUGUGAAUAGAUUGCAUUGACAUUUUUUUAAUCUUAAAAAUUUGUCUAUACUUCAUUCGCUAAAUGUGAUUGGACUUGUUUGAUGUUUUGAAAGGGGGGAAAUGGCCCCAUGUGUACAUUUUGACAGCAGUAGCGUCCUCGUAAAAGCAGGCUUUUUGAUCCAAGCUUUUGUAUUGCAUCUCACUGCAUUGUGCGGGUGUACCUAAAGUAUUAGUGGCGUGGCAGACUCCAUUCAAAUUCAAACGAGAUACGUCAGAAUUGAGAUACGGCAGCCUUAGACGAAAAAAAGCAAAACUUUUUGGAAUAAAACUUUGCUGUACUCACCAGCACCUUUGGGCUGUGCUGAAAGGCGGUCUCUACCCAAUGACGACUUCAUUGCCAGAUCCAUCCUUAUUAGAAGAGGCUAGAAAUGUUCCAAGGGGACAACAAAUACAAAGAAAUGACAGCCAGCUCUGAACUGGAACGGAUUUGUUUGUCGGGAGAAUGACAUGACUGAGCCAAGAAAGAAUCUGUCCUUUCUAUGCCUUGAAAAUUAACAAAUCAGUCUUCAACACGCUUGUGUGGUGACUUUCAAAUCAAGUUCACUGUCGGGAGAAUUGCCAACCAUUGUGCAGAUUUGUUUCUUGUGACUAUCCAACUGAUCUGCAGAUCUACAAAGAAGGGAAAAUUGAUAUUUUUUUCCUUUAAAAAAAAAAUCCAUAUUCAAAGAGCGGGUCACUCGAGUCCCAACCAAUGCAAACGAAGAAACGCGUGCCCCUAAAUUCUAUAAAAAUGUUCUCUGAACAUUUUAACAUGAGUGCUUAAUAGGAACAAAAAAAAUACAGUUUUAAAUUCAGGGUUUUUCCUUCAAGCUAAAGCAGAUAUUCACAGAUAUGUAUGCAGGGCUUUUAAGCAUAGUACCGGUAGUUUUUUCUUUAAUGUUUUAUUAAAAACACCUGUUGCCUCCAAAAACACUUUUUAUGAAACAUCUCAGAAAAACCAACAACACAAAGCGCAAUGCUUACUUUUUUUCUGCACAACCGCAUGUUUUUUGAUGAGAGAACAUCGACCUAUUUGAAUCAAGGAAAUAGUUAAAAAUAAGCGGCACUGCUUUGAUGAGUUUUUAAUGAGAUGGGCGCCUCGUAAUUUUCAAUGCUGCAAAUCAAGAGUUACCAACAUGUUGCACGAAGGCCCCCCCGAAGAACCACAUGAUGAGCAAUUUAGAAUUUUUACAUAUUAACCGUGGUCGGAACUAAAUACCAAGUUAGCAUAGAUAUAAAAUAAGACGUUAUCCACACCUCCCAUGUCUUCUGGUUUCAAAAUGCUUUUAUACACGUGGUUCCUGUGUCGUAUCGCAUAGUUUCUUGAACAUGAGCUAACACCCUUGAGCUAUUGAUCAAGACAGCAUGUUGUAGAGGUCCAUUGCAUUGCUGUACAGUGUAUUCACUCCAGUUGAAACUAUGAAUAUCUUUGCUGUGUUUUGCUACAAUACGUAGAAAGCCAAAGCGACUGUGGGAGGAUAUUUGACAUACAAUUGGAAUGUUUUGAAAAUGUAUAUAACUCCUGAUGAUUUUUCGGUCAACGUUGAUCUUUAAUGAUGUUCAUUAUGGCCGGUAAUGUGCUUUUCAAAGAUUAAAUGUAAAAAAAAAUUGAAUAAAAAAGUGGAAAAACGCGCGCGCGCGCACACACACACACACACACACACACACAAUUUCAUAGUGUAGCCCGCAAUGUUUUGUAUAGCUGGUAUGUGCCCAGUCUACUGCAUAUGAAAGUGGUUCACUUGUACGCUUACUGUAUAUAUUGAUCAGUGUUGCUUUUGGUCUUGUGGUACAGUAAUGGCCUUUUGGUUCAUUUUCUUGUUCUAUCUCACCAAUGUAAAAGUGUUUUCCCAGUGUCAUGUUUUUUCAAUCAUGUAACAGCUGCUUCGUCUUUUUAAGGCAAUUAAAAAUCAUUAUGAUACAA